AUGGGUGGUGCAUUCGCUUUGAUCUUGAAGAUUGUAAGAAGCCAAAUGUCACUUUUAGUUCGACUGGUGGCUUUUUUAAUCGUCGUUAUUGGCUGGUUACUCACGUUUGUGGCGAGCUCACAACAGCUCAAAAGAGCGAAAAGGCAACUUUUCAGUGGAAAUCAAAUGGAAGUGCGAGAACGUCAAGUUUAUGUGGCCCGACUGGCGGUCGCCCUUAUUUGUGUGACGAGUUGUGUUGCAUACUUGCGUGCCCAAGUUUACACGACCAUGAGUUGCUGGGCACUGCAGUUGGCACGUCGUCUCUAG